GAAGGAAAUAUAAAUUGGAUUAGGAACAUGAGGAGAGUAAAGAGUCCACGAACCACGAUUGACAAAUAAGCGUAUUGUAUAGCCAACAUCAGCUGAUUUACUUCUCUUACUUCACUACAUUUGAACCAUUAAUUCCUAAUCACAAACAUAAGCACAAUAAUUGAUUCAAGCUAGAAUUACAAACAAUUUCUAAUUACAGAGAAUAAAUAAACAAACCUGCAGACUGAAACCGCCAGAGAGCAGAGUCCAGUCCAAAAGCUGUGGUGUCCGUUUCCUUUAAGUCUCAACCAAAGUUGCAGAAAGCCAGACGCUAAAAUACUAAAACUAGCUAGCCCAAAACGGUACCCUUUUUUUGCUCCAAUCUCGUUUACCCUUAAGGUGUUUAUCUUGGUAAUUGAUAUUUUGCUCAAAUCUUUCAACAAGUAAAGAUUGCAGCUUUUCAAAUCGUGGGUUUUUUUUUUUUUUUUGCUUGCUUAAUCCAUGGCUUCUUCCAUGCUCAAUGGAGCAGAAAACUUCACUCUCAUUAGGGGGGUAACCCCAAAUAGGAUUGAUUUUUUAGGGUCAGGUUUUCAUGGGAAACACUUAUCCAAUUUGGGUUUAGCCUCUAGUGCGAGGAUCUCCAGGCCAGGAACAACAAUGGCUCCAAAGUGCGGCUUAUCAGCAUCAAGGCCAGCUUCACAACCAAGAUUCAUACAACACAAAAAGGAGGCUUUUUGGUUCUACAGGUUCCUCUCAAUUAUAUAUGACCAUGUGAUAAACCCUGGUCACUGGACUGAAGACAUGAGGGAUGAUGCACUUGAGCCAGCCGAUCUUAACAACAGGAACAUGAUUGUUGUAGAUGUUGGUGGUGGAACUGGUUUCACUACUUUGGGUAUCGUUAAGCAUGUGGAUGCUAAGAACGUUACAAUUCUCGACCAAUCUCCGCACCAGCUUGCCAAGGCUAAGCAAAAGGAGUCUCUGAAGGAGUGCAGGAUAAUUGAAGGUGAUGCAGAAGAUCUCCCCUUCCGUACUGAUUAUGCCGACAGAUAUGUGUCUGCUGGCAGCAUAGAGUACUGGCCAGACCCACAACGGGGCAUCAAGGAAGCAUACAGGGUGUUGAAACUAGGAGGAAAAGCUUGUCUGAUUGGUCCUGUGUACCCUACAUUCUGGUUGUCACGCUUCUUUGCGGAUGUUUGGAUGCUUUUCCCUAAGGAGGAAGAGUACAUUGAGUGGUUUGAAAAGGCUGGAUUUAAGGAUGUCCAACUCAAAAGGAUUGGCCCUAAGUGGUAUCGUGGAGUUCGCAGACAUGGUUUGAUCAUGGGGUGCUCUGUAACUGGUGUCAAACCUGCAUCUGGGGACUCUCCUUUGCAGCUUGGCCCGAAGGCAGAGGAUGUAUCGAAACCGAUAAACCCAUUAACAUUCCUGUUGCGCUUUAUACUGGGUACCAUGGCAGCUACGUAUUAUGUAUUGGUACCUAUCUAUAUGUGGUUGAAGGAUCAAAUUGUGCCGGAAGGUCAACCAAUCUAAACAGCGGCCAUACCUGCUGCUGCCCUUCCAAGUUGCCUAUAUUUCUUUAGUCAUAGCGUAUGUAAUGCAAGACAUCUUCUAGCUAUGUGUUUUAUCAUCUAAUAUUAUCCUGUUUGUGAUUCAUAUCUUCAA